AUGACAUCGUUUCUCAAAAAGCUCGUCGAGCAUCGCUCAAAAUCGCCGACAAAACGGAGUGCACCAAACGGGACCAAUUCGCGUUCCAAUUUCCCUCAUCCAUAUCUCGAACCUUAUGCAAAUGUGCCGUUGGCGCCGGUGUGCUAUCUUCCACUCCCGCCGUCACCACUACCGCGACCCUCAAACUCGCCGAUGCCAACGCGUUCGGGGUCCGGUCAAAGCAAUCGGAAUGGUAGUAAUCACUCAAAUGACUCGUUCGGUGUGCACAGCUGGAACACCGAGCCACGCGAUAGCGACGAUAUUUUCUAUCAAAUCAAAGACGACAUUAGUGGUCCCGGGCCGCUAAUUAGAGCCCGAUCGCAUUCGCCGAGGAAGCCGAAACGAGAUGAUAGCGGGCAGAAGAUUAAAAGUAAAUCAAAAUCUCCGCAAAAGAAGCAUCGAACUGUGAUAAACCAACUAGAUUAUUUGAAUUCGCAGUGUCAUUUAGAAGGCUGCUCGACGAAUAUUGUUGUUCACUCAACCCGAUUUUUGUUAUGUCGCCAUCAACUUUGUCAUGCUUCCGAUUAUUUCAAGGAUCUACUGCAAGAGCAUCGAAGCAAUGAAGAUGUUUAUGUUAGCGUUUCAAGUAUGUCAGACCCAUCGCCGUCAACUCAAUUUCGAUGGUUCGUCGAAUCCUGCAUUCCAUGUCCGGCAUUAAAGGACAUCUCAGAUGAGACCCUUGAGACUUGCAUGCGAUUAUCUAAACGAUUUAGCGCCCGAGGAUUAGAGCUGAGAUGCUCGAAAUUUAUUAUAGAAAAUUCCUGCACUAGACAGCCUAUUGUUGCUCUUUGUUGGCUCAAUUGUGCUCUCAAGCAUCAAUUCGAUGCACAGACGCAGGCCUCCUUAUUACCAUCGGUCGCUCGAUUAUCAUUGAACGCGUUGGAGCGUCAUCGACACAUGCUCACCGAGCGCAUUUACUCGGAGCUGCUAACCGCAAAACUACGCGGCACCUAUGACAAAGCGGUUCAAGUAUUCCGCACAAUUCACCGAAUGGAUCAUUUCACCGUCGAUCUUGACAAAUGUCCGAAAUGUCAGCGGAUGAGAGACGGCAUGCGUGUCAAAGUGCAUUGUGAUCCAUGCAGAAAACAAAUUGGCUGUGAUCGUUGCCAUCAAAACGGAUGUGACAUUGAGGCUAAAGCGGGGGAGGACCUCCAAGCGUUCUUCCAAUGCCCCCAUCAAUUGGUCCCAUUAAACGACUCAACCGAUGAAUGCCACUGCCAAAUACCCAUAUUGGCGCAACAUUUAGGUGCUCAAACAUUCUUCCGUGCCGAAGAUAAUCGAUAUAUGAAUACGACGGAUACGCCACGGCGAACAUUGAAUAGACGGGCGAAACAUGCGAAAGACCAGGAAUAUGUCAAUGGGAAAUAA